AUGGCCAAGAGUGUCGACUUUUCAAACAAACUCAGUGAUCCAUGUUGCUAUCACUGGGGAUAUGAGAACUACCGAGCAUGUCCUGUGUGCGUACGGGCUCACGAACUACGAACUUGCGAUGGCGAAACAUUCGUCAGCUUCCAUCUCUGCGAGAGACAUGCUGAAACACGCUACAAGGGCAACAUGGAAGACUGGAUGUUGACAUACGUUCGGACGUUGGUGCACCCUUAUUACUCUCCGAUCUAUUCCCAAGACACAACCUGCAAAAAACCAGGCAUGGAGAUUAGCCUCUCUACCAAUGAUCGACCUCCCUUUGACCGGAACAACCCUGCCGAGUGCUGGGAUCAGCUGUCCAAGUCGCAGCAGAAGAAUAGAAAAAGGAGGCGGCCUAAGCUUACUGCGCCAGCGGUUUUGGUUUUCCCAGAACCAAAGGUCACAUGGGCCCAUGCCAAAGGAUGUUUCCACUCCGACAAGCCGGACGUGGUGAUCAAGAACAAGGACGAAGUCGAGCUUAUGGACCAAUUCGCAAAACAGCGUCUGCAGAAUAUCAAUGACCUUCUGAACGGGCCCAUUGAUGCCAUUCUGGACGAUCAUAUGCGACAAUCUCGUGACCUCAUCUACAACCGUAUCGCACAAGAAGAGCGCGAAGACAAACUCUAUCAUGACGAGGAACUCAGCCGUGAAUAUGAAGCAUUCUCUGGUGUUGAGGUCAAUAAUCCUCUGAUCGACCCCAACGACAGCGCUCAGGUUGAUGAGGUCGGUGGUGACGACCGGAUCGCCGAUAACAAGAAAACCAGUGGACAGAAUCGGGACAAGAAGAAGGUCCAUCCUCUGAUCCAGGCCUUCGAGGAAGAUGCGAAAAAGUAUCUCGUCUGGGAAAAGGCUCGUCUUGAAGCACUGAUCCCGCUCAGCUCUGUGGCCAAGGCCUUCUAUUUCAAGCGUUGUAAUGGCGAAUACCGAAAUGGCGUGCAAGAUAUCUUGGUCAGAAAGGAACCAGUGCUUGACCCGGAGUGUCGGUUGACUACCGAUCCAACUCAGACUGAGGCUGCGAAUCCAGCGGAAAUAACGGAGACGAAAACAUACAACGAUGGAUCAGUGGUUCCAGCAACAUCAUCUUCGAAGGACGUCGACACUCGAGAUACAAAAGGCCAUAUCGACAAUCCAUCGGUAUCCAGCUCGGAAGUGACUACUGUUGCCAUAGGGCAUGCCACUGUGUCUGGAGCAGAUCUCGGCGCAGUUGACCCAGGCAAUACAGAACCACAUACUAUCACAGCCUCUGCUGAGCCUGGGCCUGCUUCUGUGUCUGCUAAAGAAAUCACCACAACCGCACCUACUACGACAACAAGAUCUGCUGCAGAGACCGUGUCUGAGACUGAGCCUGGGACUUUUCACACAGCGGCAACCGAAUUCCCAUCGUCCGUGUCAUCAUCACCAUGGGUCCCUAUUUCUCUCGAGACCAAAAAUUUCGGUUACGCAGUGCUCAAACCGUCCCGCGAACCCGGGGAGUUUUACAAUCGAGAGCUGUUGUACACGUUCCCCCAAGCUGAAGCUGGUACGACUGCUACUUCUGAUCAUGUCAAGGAGGGUGAAAUCGAAGGUGAGGCCGAACCAAUCUUCACAGCCGAAGCUUUCCACAGUUUACCACCACGUCCGCCAUUCAAGUUUACGACACGAUACCUCUUGGAUUUGGAGGAUGAUAUCGUGCAGAUGAGGGAGAAGCAAGGUCGAGAGAAAGUUCAUGGUUCCAGUAAUUCUAGAUUCGGGUUUAAAUUCGGAUUUAAAUCUGGAUCUAAAUCUGGUAUUGGAUCUGGAUCUGGUUCUGGAUAUGGACAAGAUCAAGGUCAAGGUCAGCCCGACAAGCUCGACGAACAUCUCAUCAAAAGCGCAUGGUAUGCCCAUCGUCGCGAAAUGGCUGCUGCUUCGGUCUUCGAGGCGGAGAAGUGGAUCGUCAGGGAUCCGGAUUGGAUCUGCCAUUCUCGUGGCUGA